UUUUUCUAAUGUCAUGAGAUUAGCAGUUUCUGAAAUACUUAAUCCUACUAUGUGAACAUUAUCUGAAGCUGCUGGCCUAUAUCUGCAUGAUUCUAUGUAUUCACUCGAUUUUCUGAUAUAUGAAUAAUGGCAUGAAGGAACAGGCGUUCCAAAGAAAGUGCUCGGUGAACAUAUAAUCAGGCAUGCACACAUAAUUUAGAAAUCUUAUGUAUUGUAGAAGUUCUGUGUAGCAUUCUGUGUGUGUUGUGAGCAAGAACAAAAAACUGCAUACUUGUCAGGCAGUGACAGUUCUGUGCUGAGAGCCGUGUGGGUGUGGGAGAAGAGCCAGCAGCAAUAUGUGCAGUGAAGUGUGAUGUACCCCUCCAAAAAAAUCACAAGUUCUGAUCUGACUGUUCUCAUUACACUUGCAUGGCCACAUUUUGAUUGCAUAUUCAGUACAGGAUCUCACAUAUAAACAGCAGACCGGACUGAAAAGAUUGCAUUCAUACAGCUCUAAGUCUCCAGUUUUGACUAUUAUACUGGAGCCAUAGAGGAUGAUGACUUAGUGUGUUUAUCUCUUCUUUCAAUAAUAAAUGCUCAUGUUAUUACAUUAUUAGUGAUUAUAGAUAAAGACAUUUAAUCUAUUUGGUAUUUCAGCACCAUGUGAAUUAGAGUUGCUGUGUGAUACAAUGCCAGACAGUGUUGUGCAAACAGGCACAACUGUUGAAUCUGAUGGGCACAAAGACUGCAGCUCUUUUACUGAAACUGACAGGUACAGAGGACACGACUGUUUUACUGAAACUGACAGGUACAGAGGACACGACUGUUUUACUGAAACUGACAGGUACAGAGGACACAACUGUUUUACUGAAGCUGACAGGUACAGAGGACACGACUGUUUUACUGAAACUGACAGGUACAGAGGACACGACUGCUUUACUGAAACUGACAGGUACAGAGGACACGACUGUUUUACUGAAACUGACAGGUACAGAGGACACGACUGCUUUACUGAAACUGACAGGUACAGAGGACACGACUGCUUUACUGAAACUGACAGGUACAGAGGACACGACUGUUUUACUGAAACUGACAGGUACAGAGGACACGACUGUUUUACUGAAACUGACAGGUACAGAGGACACGACUGUUUUACUGAAGCUGACAGGUACAGAGGACACGACUGUUUUACUGAAACUGACAGGUACAGAGGACACGACUGUUUUACUGAAACUGACAGGUACAGAGGACACGACUGUUUUACUGAAACUGACAGGUACAGAGGACACGACUGUUUUACUGAAACUGACAGGUACAGAGGACACGACUGUUUUACUGAAACUGACAGGUACAGAGGACACGACUGCUUUACUGAAACUGACAGGUACAGAGGACACGACUGUUUUACUGAAACUGACAGGUACAGAGGACACGACUGCUUUACUGAAACUGACAGGUACAGAGGACACGACUGUUUUACUGAAACUGACAGGUACAGAGGACACGACUGUUUUACUGAAGCUGACAGGUACAGAGGACACGACUGUUUUACUGAAGCUGACAGGUACAGAGGACACGACUCUCUACAAGACCGACAAGUCCAGUCAUAUACUUACUACCAUUAUCAUUUAGUUUGACAUUGUUGACAACUUUAUCAACAGUCAAUUUUAUUUUCAUAGCAGAGAGCUACAGAUCGUCUUUAAGAAGCAAUCUGUAACUUUGUUAUUCAGGUAUUUUCUGAAUGAAAAUUUUUUUUUUUUAGAAAUGUUGAUGAGACAUUUGUAUAAUUCUUGAGAACUUUAUGCUGUGUAAGCUUGAGCAUUAUCUUCAAUCUCAUAUUUUGACAGAAUAUCACUACAGACUCUUUGAUUUCUGAUGCUUUCAUCCUGUU